AUGAACCUUCAGGAGUCAGACGACGACACAGAAGAGUUUCUGGCUCAGUUUCAAUUACCACCUUCGUGUAUCCAGGUCGCCUGGGACACCCUCCUACCUCCGGCCAAAUGGACGUGUCCAUCUGAUCACCAUGACAACGGCGAUGACACUGAAGACAAGGAUUCGCCCGGCUCAAAUGUAAACUGUGCCCUUGACCGCGACUCGAGUUCCAUGGUCUCCAAGAAAGAAAAUCAAGUCACGGAAUAUAUGCCAGAUGAAGCUUUGCUGAAAGAGCUUGGGUACUCUGACAGCGAAGAUGACGCUCCUGAAUGGACCAACCGCCAUUUCUUGAAUCCAGCAGAAGCGCCGCCUUCUGAGCCUGCCUAUACUGCAGCCCCACAGCCGACGGGACCAAACCCAGUGUACCUGUCCGUCCCCCCUGCACAGCGCCUGUACAGGCUCCUAAAUAACCAAAUGGCACGAAUGGCAUCGUCCAAGGCGUCAUCCUCUCUCCUCCGCAGGCCGUCCUCCGAGCCUAUCCGGUCGGCCUGCUCGCAUCCACCCGCUAACUUCGUGGUCUCCCCGUCCUGCCCGUACUUUGGGCUGGUCCCGUCUCGCGUGGAGAUAGAGCUAGAGCGGCGCCAGGCCAGACAAGCUCAACGGGAGCCGAGGAUCGACCGAGUUUUCAUGGACGAGCUGCACAACAUGUGGACGGAGACAAGGAAAACUCAACACAUGGUGGAGGAGUUCGUCAAAAACGUGAUUCAUAGCGCCACGCAGCGACUAGAAGCAGAACUGCAGGGCGUCAUUCAGCCACCGAGGGUUGAAGGGGAACUAUCCACGGCAAAUACCCGUGUGGUUGACAAAAAUGAUACACAACGUACCGGUGCAGUUGGCUCAGAAGUUACUUAUGAUGUUAGCCCAUCAUCAUCAGGAACUUCGACUGUGAUUGGUUCAAAGAUCGCCGCCAUGCGACAACUGUUGGAACAGCAGAUUGACAAAAACCCCUUGCACGAUGGCCCAUCUUCAAACAGACGUGCUGUUGCAACAUUGCCCUCUGGCGAAGUUGAAAAGAAGUCUCCUAGCACGCCCGCAAAGCAUGCAAGCCAGAAAAAGGGUGCGAAAAUGGUAUCUCCUAGAAUCAUGGAAGCUAUUGACCAACUGUCUGCGGAAACAGUGAAGAAAGUAGACGUCCCUUCUUCGAAAGACACUGCCAUUGACAUGACGAGGGAAGCUUUCAGACACCUACGUAACAGGAUGGAGGAAAGGGCUACACCUGAGGUGAAGUUGCAACGCGUGGAAUCAAACGACAGGCACACCGAGAAGGUUCCAGAAGACAGAUCAGUAGCAGACAUCAGGAAGCAACUGGAAGCAAAAAUGGCGGAGGAGGGCGACAAAACGUUUUCUGGCAAAGGAAUAUCAGUGCCUUGCCCUGUCGGUAGAGAAGAGAAACAUUCUGCUGGAGAUUCGGCCGAAUCAUUCUCAGAAAGGAAAACUUAUCUGGACAAGAAACUUGUACACGAUACCUUGGAUGCCAAAGCUGACAACAGAAGCCAAACCCUCACCAAGACCUCCUAUGAGAUUCUUGAGUCGCCUGCUAAGAUUGCACCCGUACCAUUCCCUAGAUCCAGCCGAUCGUUACCCGAUACCCGAAGUCUGUCGGAAGAAGCCCUCUCAACACCACAGGCAGCUACUCCUGUAGCUAACACAUAUUCUAGUGAUGGUAGCUCAACUGUACGUCAAACUGUCCUCAAGCUUGAGCAAGACGCAGACAAGAUGGCCGACCACAGGGAAGACAUUGUCGUUCCUCGCAGGCAAUCAUCUCAGACUACUGAGACGUUCCUGAAGCUUCGAACAACGCCGAGUGAUUCCGAGAAAGAUGGAAGGAAGAAGCUAAACUUGCAGCCACCAGAAUUACCAGAAGGGCGUGUUCGCGACACGGUGGACAACAUCGAGAAACUCUCCCAUCAACAUGAGCAGGGCAGCGGCAAUGAAGAAGAGAGCACUGCACAACAGUUACUGGAUCCUAACGAAAGCGACUACCUUGCAGACGGAGCCGUAUCCUCCUUAGCCACUCAAACCAUUGUACGAUUCAAUUUAUUUUACGUGUUUCUUGACAAAAUCUACAGCUUGUGUAUGAAAGUAGUCAACUUUGUCACCAGCUAUCUGCCCUAGUGUUCAACUUGGAGAAGGAUGCUCCGUGACGUAUUGAAGAAUACAUGAAAA